AUGACAUCUGAAGAAGAAAACGAUGUCACUGAUUGGCCCUUAGAGCUUUUUAAAGAUCAUGCUUCUAUGUGUGAGGAUAAUGGAAAUACAAACUCUUCAACCUGUCAAGAGCCACAACUUGAACCUCUUUCUUUAGCUAAUAACAGUGCUGAUUGGAUUCCUUAUGAAGGGCAAAUAUUCAAUAGUGAAGGUGAUGCUUAUGACUUUUACUGCUUAUUUGCACGUAAAAGUGGUUUUUCUAUUAGACGUGAUCACAUUUACAAAUCUACAAAGAAUCAAUCAGAGAACAAUCCACUGGGUAUUUAUAAAAGGGAAUUUGUUUGUCAUCGUGCUGGUAUUACUAAACAGAGCAAAGUUAGUGAAGUUGAAAGUCAAAGAAAACGAAAAACUUCAAGAUGCAACUGUGGUGCAAAAAUGCUGGUCACUACAAGGACAAUUGGCUUUGAGGAGAAAUGGGUGGUUAAAUAUUUUCACAAUCACCACAACCAUCAAUUAUUAGAUGACACAGAGGUUCAGUUUCUUCCUGCUUAUCGUAGCAUCCCAAUUGUUGAUCAAGACCGUAUAAUGUUGUUGUCAAAAGCUGGUUGCUCUAUAAGUCUCAUAAUAAGAGUGCUUGAGCUAGAAAAAGGAAUAGAUACAUGCACUCUACCAUUUUUGGAGAGAGAUAUUAGAAAUUUUAUUCAAUCUCAAAGUAGUAUUGGUAAAGAAAGUGAUGCUUCAAAUGUCCUUAAAUUAUGCAAAAGUUUGAAAGAUAGGGAUGACUCAUUCAAAUAUGAUUUCACAUUGGAUGAAAAUAACAAAUUGGAGCAUAUUAUAUGGGCUUUUGGUGAUUCAAUUAGAGCAUAUGAAGCAUUUGGAGAUGUGGUUGUUUUUGAUACCACAUAUAGAAUAAAUCGUUAUGAUAUGCCUCUUGGAAUAUGGGUCGGAGUUGAUAAUCAUGGAAAUUCAAUUUUCUUUGGAUGUUCUUUCCUAUAUUUUGUCAACGGCAAGCAUCCAAAGACAAUUCUUACGGAUCAAGAUGUGGCACUUAAAGAGGCAAUUGCAAUGGAGUUGCCAAACACAAAACAUGCAUUCUGUAUAUGGCAUAUUGUGGCAAAGUUAUCAAGUUGGUUUUCUUUUUCAUUGGGUUCACGAUACAAUGACUUUAAAUAUGAGUUUCAUAAAGUAUAUCAUUUAGAAUGUGAAGAUGAUUUUGAGCAUAAAUGGACCUUGAUGAUUGCACAAUUUGGUCUAGCUUAUUUGAAGGACUUCUUUUUUGCUGGGAUGACAACAACUGGACGUUCAGAAUCUAUUAAUUCAUACAUAAAAAGAUUCUUACAUGUCGGUAUUGCUGUGAACAUUAGAAAUCAAGCUGGAGAAGAAGCAAGGAUGCGUCAAAAGUACCAUAAUCCCCAUAUUAGAACAGGUUUUCCUAUUGAGGAACAGGCUGCAUCCAUGCUUACACCGUAUGCCUUUAAGUUGCUCCAACAUGAGAUUGAGUUAUCUACAAAAUAUGCAUCAACUGAAGAAGGAGAAAACUCUUAUAUCGUGCGAUUUCAUACUAAAGUUGAUGGAGGUCGUAUUGUAAAAUGGAUAGAAGAAGACAAAUCGAUCAAUUGCUCUUGCAAAGAAUUUGAGUUUUCAGGAAUAUUAUGUAGACAUGCUAUCCGAGUGCUAGUAAUGAAAAAUUACUUUCACCUCCCUACAAAGUAUCUUCCUUUUAGAUGGAGACAAGAAAGUUCAUUGGUCCCAACAUCUAGUCACAUAAUUAAUUGCAAUGAUGGCUCAUCUUUUGAGUUUCGAUCUCUAGUUCAAUGGCUACAAGUUGAAUCUUUGAAGACAAAAGACCGAGAAGAAGUUGCAAUUAGAGAACUAGAGAGAGUCAUCCCUAAAGGAUCAAGGCCAAAAGGAGGAGUUGAGGUAGCAAAAAAGCCUCGUCAUUGUCAUGUUCCAAAUUGCGGUGGAACCGAUCAUGAUGCACGAAAUUGUCCAAAUAAAAAAAGAAAUGUUGAAACAUUUAGUUCUCAAUCUCCUAAUAAGUAA